CCACUAACGGCGGGGAACGACGGACCUUUGCCGCCUGAGGCAUCAAUACGGUUUACGGUACGAGCUCCAGCCUUCACUGUGGGCAUCCCGCUGAACGACUCCAUCGACGACGACGGGACCCGAGUCGUGAGCUGCUCCAUAACGUUCGUGCUACCCCAUCGACGACGCAAUCGUCGGCCGCCGUCACAAUGUCCAGCACUUCAUCCCCGACGUACACGAUCAGCAAGACACUCAAUACCAAUUAUCCACUUAUCGACAAUGACCCGCACUUCCGCCGUGUAAUCGGCUACGCUCGCCCGUCCGAUUAUGUUCACGGCACCGUUGCGGGGGCUGCCGGUCCCGGCCUUCUAUAUCUGAUGGAGAAGAUGGCACCAUCAGGUGUUGGAAAGGGUGGCUUUCCCAAGGCGAUGCGACUGGCGACCGCCGUGGGUUUCUUCGGCGGCUUUCUCUACUUUUACCAACGAUCCAUCCUCCGUUUCUAUGGCAUGAGCGAGAACGCCCGCGAGGUACAGAUGGACAUGCGUGAGAUGGUUGACAAGGUCAAGGCUGGUCAGCCACUUUACGGUGUCAGUACCCUGCCUGUCGAUGUUCAAGGCAUGGCUGCUCGUCAGUCGAGAUACUCGGCCCUUUUCUUCGCUGUCCUCCCCUGGUUCAACUUUGUGAACCACAACCAGCAUGGUGUCGACACAGCCAAGUACUACCAGCAGGCCGAGAGGGAGUUGGAGGCUGAGCGCUUGGGCAAGGGAAGCUCGUCGUAAGACACGAGCAUGGCGGAAGUCAAAUGUGAAGGUCGAGAAUGGUAGUCCGCCAGAGGGUGAGAACAGAACCUUGUUAGGCGAGAGGGCUGACCGAUCGGAUGAUGGUGUAAACAUGGAGCUUUAAACGCUGGACCAACAGAACAGAACGCAAGUUAACGACCAUCCCCUACCCUGAUCUUUACGUGAUACUUCAGGAGGUGCGUUGAUUGGCUGGGUUGUUAGAGGUGUUCAUCACCAAUAGAGAACUAUGGACAAGAGGGUGGCGCUUUGUGUUACGUUGAUAUUACGGCAGCCACUGAGAUUUCGGGACCUGCCUGAUGCCGCAGCCUCGCUGACGUAUCACUUGACAACCUCCCGAUGAAUUGAAGAUUGGGUCUGGUUUACUCGUCAAGUCUACAAUCACGACAAUGACAAGAUGAGUCAGUUACAAUUCAUGUAUUUCUCUCUACUCUUUUCAAUUUGCCUCACCCCACUACGUAUUCAAUCUACUCAAGACUCGGACGACAUAAUCACUGUUCUAGCAAUCAGCACGUUAGACAUUCGCCUGUUCUCCUUAAAAGGUGUUCAUGCGAUCACACCUUCACCCACGGGUCUUGAAGUUGAUCAUCAGAGUUUCUUGAUUAUACUCUCGACAACUGGUUGACGACCGCAAUAUGUUGACCCGGGCUAUGUGGUCUCAGCCGCAGUCAUAGCCGUCUCAGGUCAUCACCAAGGUGUGUCUUGCACGUCGAUGUCCCGAUCGAUCAUUCGGCGAGACCCGCUCACCCUGUCCCGUCACUGUCAGCCAAGAGGCCAUCCCGCCUUCCCAUCACACUUGCUCGGAACAUGAUAUCAUUCAUCUUAUCGCCAAACAAAACUUCUGCCUCAACACUCACGAUUGUCAUAAAG